CAAUGAGAUAGUGCAGAUAUACACAGAUCUAGAGACUCCAGGAGACGAUGCGACACUCAGCCUGAAAAGAUUUGGAAGAACCAAAAUGAAAACUGAUUAUUGAAUGAAAUUAAAACCUAAGGUAAUUUAAGAUUAGAGAACCAUGUUAACGCUACCGUUUGAUGAGUCUGUUGUAAUGCCAGAAUCCCAGAUGUGCAGAAAGUUUUCCAGAGAAUGCGAGGACCAGAAGCAAAUUAAGAAACCAGAAACCUUUUCCAAACAGAUUGUCCUUCGAGGAAAGAGCAUAAAAAGGGCCCCUGGAGAAGAAACCGAGAAGGAAGAAGAGGAGGAAGACAGGGAAGAGGAAGAUGAAAAUGGGUUGCCCAGAAGGAGGGGGCUUAGGAAAAAAAAGACGACCAAGCUCCGACUGGAGAGGGUCAAGUUCAGGAGACAGGAAGCCAACGCGCGGGAGAGGAACAGGAUGCACGGUCUCAACGACGCUUUGGACAUAAGGAAAGUGGUCCCCUGCUAUUCCAAAACCCAAAAACUAUCCAAAAUAGAAACUUUACGGCUGGCCAAAAACUACAUCUGGGCACUUUCUGAAAUUCUGAGAAUCGGCAAGAGACCUGACCUGCUCACGUUCGCAAACUUAUGCAAAGGUCUUUCCCCAGCCAACUACAAACUUGUGGCAGGCUGCUUGCAGCUCAAUGCCAGGAGCUUCCUGAUGGGUCAGGGUGGGGAGGCCGCGCACCACACGAGAUCACCCUACUCUACUUUACCACCUUACCACAGCCCUGAGCUCACCACUCCCCCGGGGCACGGAACUCUUGAUAAUUCCAAGUCCAUGAAACCCUACAAUUAUUGCAGUGCGUAUGAAUCCUUCUAUGAAAGCACUUCCCCUGAGUGUGCCAGCCCUCAGUUUGAAGGUCCCUUAAGUCCUCCCCCAAUUAACUAUAAUGGGAUAUUUUCCCUGAAGCAAGAAGAAACCUUGGACUACGGCAAAAAUUACAAUUACGGCAUGCAUUACUGUGCAGUGCCACCCAGGGGUCCCCUUGGGCAAGGUGCCAUGCUCAGGUUGCCCACUGACAGCCACUUCCCUUACGACUUACAUCUGCGCAGCCAAUCUCUCACCAUGCAAGAUGAAUUAAAUGCAGUUUUUCAUAAUUAAUGAGGAAAAUGAAAAUAAACAGUGGUCAUUCACCUCCCCCAUCUAAUUAAGACAAAGCAGAUGCUUGUGGGCUGAGUAAUUGGCACAACUCUAUCUAAGGUGUUUACUAGUUUCUGAAGUGUGUUUCAACUAUUGUGAGAAUUUUCUAUGUAAUAAUAAAUCUCUUUUCACAUGAGAUUUCCUUCUUUUCCUUUCCUUUUGUCUGUAAAACACUGUGAUUCUGUUGCUACUCGAAGGUUUUUUUUCUUUCUUGUUUUAUUUUGUUUUAAAUUCACUUAAUUUGUUUG